AGUUUCGGCUUCGGGCUCUUUGGACCCUCCUGGCGUCCUCGCCUGCAUCGGGGAGCGCGGCAGCGGCGCCCGGGCAUGGCUUCAGCGGGCAGCGGCAUGGAAGAGGUGCGCGUGUCUGUGCUGACCCCGCUCAAGCUGGUCGGGCUCGUGUGCAUCUUUCUGGCACUGUGUCUGGACUUGGGAGCUGUGCUGAGCCCGGCCUGGGUCACCGCGGACCACCAGUACUACCUGUCCCUAUGGGAGUCCUGUCGGAAGCCCGCCAACCUGGACAUCUGGCACUGCGAGUCUACACUCGGCAGCGAUUGGCAGAUUGCUACUCUGGCUUUACUCUUGGGCGGUGCUGCCAUCAUUCUUAUUGCAUUCCUGGUGGGUUUGAUUUCGAUCUGCGUGGGAUCGCGAAGGCGCUUCUACAGACCUGUUGCUGUCAUGCUUUUUGCAGCAGUUGUUCUGCAGGUCUGCAGCCUGGUCCUUUACCCAAUCAAGUUCAUUGAAACUGUGAGCUUGAAAAUUUACCACGAGUUCAAUUGGGGUUAUGGCCUGGCCUGGGGUGCAACUAUAUUUUCAUUUGGGGGUGCCAUCCUUUAUUGCCUGAACCCUAAGAACUAUGAAGACUACUACUAAAACCACGUAUCAAAACACACACACACAUAGACACACACACACACACACACACACACACACACACACACACACACACACACAAAGAGAGAGAGAAACCAAUCAUGCAACAAAAAAGAUUAAUGUCGGCAUCUUUUCUAACACUAUUUUGUAAAACACUUGUGGAACAUCAAGCAGUUUGCUCAGUUGAUUUAUUAUCCUUUGCCUUUUGGCUGUCAACAUCAUAACCAGCUUUUAUGUCCAGUUUAGGGAGCUGCACAAAUUGAGAGAGCUGAUUAGAUAUAGGCACAUCUGCAAACUACCAAUAUGCUCAUGCCAUUUUUCUUGACAAGUGAAGGAUCUGUAAGACAUCAACAACUGUGAGAAGCUAGUUGGAAUGAAAAUUGCCAGAAUCUUGUAUUGCCUGCAGGGGAGCAGCUGGCAUAAGCAACAUUUAAAAGUUCCUUUGCUUUGACAAAAAUUCUACUGUUGGAGGCCCCUAUCACCUGUUUAUACCACCCAGUGACUACAUUGGUUAUUGGUUACUUGCUUGAGUAAGCUUUUGAAAGCAAAACUGCCUUUUGGGCACCAAAUGAUAAUUGUAGAUAUAACUGGUUAAUUCUACCUUUAAGGAUGUUCUUGUUAAUGGCAAGUUAUAGUUUUCCAAUAAGGAAGUUAAAGUUUGAAGACAUGUGUUUUUCAUUAUGUGAUUAAGAAAUUUUGCCUCAGCCUCCUCUAGAAUGGGGCAAAAUGAGAGUAUCUGCUUUCCCCUGAGGCAAUCAGAAAGAAAUGUAGAUGAGUUGCUUUUGUUCCCUUUAAAUCAUUUACCAAAAUUUGCAGCAAACAGUUGUGCUUAUGUAACAAGCUUAUUUUCCUAGACUGUGAGCCAUUAGUGUAAAUGAUAAUAAGUUGUUCAUUAAUCCUCCACAUACAUGUACCUAUCAUGCAUAUAUUCAAUACUUGCUCUAGUGAAGUAAUUUGAACACUAACCUUGUGUGCAUUAAGAGGCUUAGAUCGUUAUUCACAGUUAUUUACCAUUCAAAAGUUCAUAUACCUUAAAGCUUUUGCUCUAUGUUCUCUACUGAAUCACUGGAAGGUGUUAAUAGAAUUGCCUAAGAAGAAAAAUUGAAAAGCUGUUAAUCUGAAAUUUGAUGAUUCUUUCAUAAGCACUGUAGUUCAAAAGAAAGUAGGAAUUAAGAUGAUCGCUUUGUGUAAAAUUCAUUGAAAUUCAAGGCUGCUAUUUUUGCAAGUAUUUUAAAUGUCUUCAUUUUAAAAGAAAGCAAUAGUGAUAGAUUUAUAGAAAUGUCUAAAUUUCUCAGUGGACGAGUAGAAUUUAUUCAGUUGUCACCUGGUCCUCUGAUGUUAACUGAUGGGCUAACUGAUUUGUGCACACAGCUAUGAUGAAUUUAUGCUAGGGAAAUCAUUCACUGACUGUUCCAAGGGAAGAAAAUUUCAACAAUAGGAGAAAAGUUUGCAAUUAAUCUCCUACUGCAAACUUGUGUUCAUUUUGUUUAUUAUACAAAUCUGGAUAGUUUAAGUAUAAACCUAUUUUUAUAUAAAAUAUACAAUUCUGAUAUGAAAGUAGUAAAUGAUUAUUUUUGUUAACAAAGACACUAAAACGAGUAUGCUCUCGUGUGACCCUCUUGAAGAAAGAAACAUUGGGGAAAAAAAAACUUUAAAAUGUACCUAUUUGCUAAUAUAUUAUAUAAUCCAAUAAGAACAGGACCAUGUCAAUGGUAUUUAAUAAUUUGCGUAGCCUCCCAGAGCGGACUUCUGCUUUCAGCUUAAGAAUGGUUGCCAAAACAAUAGCCUUUCCCUGUCCCACAAAGGAUUUUAUUCAAAUGCCAAAACCAAUUGUGAAUUUUCUGUGGAAUCACAAAGUAAAUAUGAAUACCUUACUCAUUUUUAUUUUAGUAGUGAUAAACAAAAGGUAUGAAAUUCGUCUUAGAGAUCAAACCUUAUUGUAUUUGUAUCAAGAACCAUAAGUAACUGAUUUGAAAAUUUUCAGAAGGGUAUCCGUAUUAUAUGAUAUUUUGAAAUAGCUUUCUUAACAUAAAAUCUGGGGUAGACUUCCUUAUAAACUUCAUUGCAUAUUGUCAGAACAGUAUGAAGAAUGUGAUAUUUGGAUAGGGAUUUAUGCUACUGACCAUGGACUUUUGUGAGAUGAUCUCUUUAUUCUUAAAUAAUGGAAGAUCAGUACUGUGGUGCUAGCAUCAAUGAGGCUUGUUGGAGGAUACAGUAUGUAAUUGGACCAAUAUCAUAUCUAGAGUAUUAUUGAGGUGGCAUUCUCUGUCCAUGUGACAAGCCAAAAGGUGACAGACUACAUACAGUUUGAAGCACACAUAUUUAUAGUCUACUGAAAAGUAGAUUCCUUCUGUAAUUUUAACAAGCUCUACACCAUAUUUUUACCAUCACUAAUAUUUGGAACUAUUACAUUGCUAAUAAAGCUUAGCAGAAAAUUGUUUUUUUUGUCCAAAGCAGUAUUGUAUCUAACAGAAUAAACACAAGUAACAAUUUCAGCUAUAUCAUGUCUUUGUAGCUUUAGAUUUGUUUGGUAAUUUCUUAAGCAGAAUUGUUAAUCAUGAACCCAUGGUUUAUCUUAGAGAGAUAAUAUACACAGAGAGAGAUUUCAUAAAAGUACUCAGCAGGGCUAGUUAUUCAGAUUUCUUGCACAAGUAUUUAGCUUUUUGUAAGGUCAACAUGUAAAUUUUAAAGACAAAUAUAGAGAGACAUAUGUGUUUGAAAUAUAAAUGAUAUAUAUGGAUUAGCAUGUACCUGUAUAUUAUUAAACAUGCAGUGAACUGACUGGUAAGUGAUUGUCUAAUUGUAUGGCUAGCAAUGUAAUUUAUUCAGACUGUAUUUUUGUACAGAGCAGCGCACACUAACCUGUGCCUCUGUGUCCUCCUUAAUGCCUAAAACUGUGCCUAGAAAUUUCAUCUGUCUUAAAGAAAUAAAGAAUAAAAUGUACUCCAUACUGUUUUAUGCUAUUAGUUUCUCUCCUACUGUUCUGUAUAUAUUAUUUUUAAAUAUCCGAAAUGUGUACAACAUAAUUAUGAAUUUAUAGCAUCCUGGUUCUUUUUUGUUUCUUAACAGUCAGCUGGUAAAACAUUUUUCACUCCAGUGAUUCUUGAGUGUGCAGUCCCAUGGUCAGUACUUCAUUUCAUGAUUUUUGUAGUUGACCUGAAGUUAUCUAUGUAAAGAAAUAAAAGUAAAAGUGAUUUCACUGACAA